UAUGACCGUGCCCUGUACUGAUAUUAAUGGCAAUUUGACAUAAUAUUUACACUAUACAGUACUAAACUUAAUCCAAUCUGAAUUACCACGAUAUUUCCUGGAUGGGACAAUUUAAGAAUUAAAAUAUGUAUUACAUGUUUACAAUACAUGAUAAGAUAAAUGCAUAAUGAUUUAUAUUACAGUAUUUAUCAAAUACAUAAUACUUUAUAUCAAAUACAUGAUAGUUUAUAUCAAAUAGACAAUAGUUCUUGUACAAAUUCUAUUGCCUGAAUUUCAUCAGUAAGGCUGAAUGUCUUGAAAUCUACAGCCUAGUUCCAUUAAUGUCUUGUCACAAGUUAAUUAAAUAUAACAAUAUGUUAUGAAAUAUUAUAAUAUCGUGUGCAUUUAACAAAAGUUAAAUCCCUAAAUCUUGUGCUGAUUUCGUAUUCGUUUUGUACUCGUCUCGUACUUCUGUUGAUUUUGAGGAUAUAUGUCAAAAUAUAACUGUAUAAAGAGAGUUGGAUUUCUAAAUUACAUUUAUUACUGUAUUGCAUCUGAGAGAAUCUGAUUCUCAUGACUUCACUAUCGUGUCGAUUUUGUUUCUACAACAGUCAUAUCGUCAGAAUUGCGAAAAACAAGGUCAUCCAAGUUGUAUAACAGUAAUUGCGCCGGAUUUACUUAAUUCUCUAUAAAAUUAUUGCAAUAAAGAACAUUUGUUUCCGGCGGUGUAUAUAUAAAAGCAUGAACAUCUAUUCACAGAUGUCAGUAUUUUCUAAGAAAAAGAUGUGUGUUCUUAUUACUAUUUUACUACUUGCUACUUGUGAUCUAUCCACAUCAACUGAAAUUUAUAAUAGAGAAAAUAAUAGAUUACAAAUAGGUUUCCAAAAUGCUAAAUUUUUUCUGGAGAUACAAGAUUGGCUGUUUAAAUUGAGAAACCAAAUUCACGAACGAUUAUUUGGAUUAGCAACUACGUCAGCGCCUCCUUUGACAAUUGAAAUAUUAAACUUAGAUAAAUUUGAAUUACAAAAUGCAAUAAAAAAUCAUGGAUGGCAUCUAUUAAAUUUAUCCAUCUUAUCUUUUGAUCCUAAUCAAGACUGGGGAUUUCGUAUUGGCGACUGGUAUUUUAUACAAAAAGGAUUUAAUCAAAACGGAUAUGAAGAUAGUUCUGAUGAAUUAAAUUUUCAAACACCAAGUACCAUUAAGCCAAAAGACACGACUAAAAUAGAGACUGAACAGACUUUUGAUUUUACAAAUGAUCCAAAAGUUACGGAAUCAUCGCAAACGAUUUCAUCUAUAACCACGCCUGUGACGCAACAAAUUGAUCCGCAAACAACGAUAAAAAACACUGAACAGAUUGAUUCGUCAGAGAGUUCAUCAUUAACAAUUAAAGGAUUGGAAGAGAGUGAAACCGAUAGCGAUUUUGUUCACAAAGGGUCUGUAGAAGUUCUUAUGGGAUAAUACAUUUUAUGUCAACAUAUAACAAUAUCUCGUAAUUUCUUUAAAUCCGGCAUUUUUAUUAAAUUGGUCAUUUUUAUAUGAAAAUACACAUUUAUGUUAUUAGAAUAUGUUUGUAUAUCAUACAAUGUUCUCACAAUGCUUAUGGAUAAAAUGUUAUAUAAACAAUGAGGUAUAAUAGAAAAGGGUACUGAAAUGAAUUGUUUCCAUCGAGAAGAGUACACUUUUAUUCCAUAAAAUUUAUCAUAAUUAUUUGAAGUAAUAAAUGAUUAUAAUAAUUUUUACGUCUCUGUUGAACAAAUCGUGGUCUUCAUGAUGUCUUAUGGAUUUACUGUAAUAAAAAAAAAAUAUAUAUAUCAGUAAAACGUUCAAUUGCAACAUUAAUUAACAUUACACCCCACACA